AUGGACAAGUGGCAAGGUUCAUUUGCACAAACUCAAUUAGAAAAGUUUGGUUGGUCUCAAGGUGACGGUCUUGGUAAAAACAAGCAUGGAAAUACCAAACAUAUCUCUGUCUCUGUCAAGAACGAUAAAAAGGGUGUAGGUGUCAACCAAGGUCAAUGGGAAUUUGCUUGGUGGGAUCACUUGUAUAAUAAAAGCGCUAGUUCAGUCGUAGUCGAAAAGGACGAAAAUAAGGGAGAGAUCAAAGUGGCAACCAAGACAAAGACAAAGACUCGUCGAUCGGCCACUGGCAUCAUUUCCACACAGAAACCUACAGGGAAAUCCCUACAAGAGAAACCAUCCACAAUGAACGCUGUGGCAGAUCAACAAAAUAUGAUGGAUAGUGUCAAAGAAGUGCAUACGAAUAUUGCUCAAAAGUUGGCAACUGCGUCACUUUAUGGCGCCUUUGUCAAGAGUACAUCAACACCAUCAUCAACAACCAAUAGCUCAAAAAGCAAUACAGAUGAAGAAGAAUCGAGUGAUGAUGAAUUAAAGGAUUACUCUAUGAAAGUCUCAGAUGCCGAGCUCUUUGCUGCCUGUGAAGGACGUACGGCACGAAAGGGUGGUCGAGGUUUAGUGGAUCAGACGGGUAAAUUUAAACGAGUGAUGCAGGAAUUUGUGCGGCCAAAGGAGGAAGAAGAAGAAAAAGAAGAAUUAAAGAGAAAACGUACAAAAGAUGAUGAAGUGAGUGUCAAGUCAAAGAAGCAGAAAAAGGAAAAGAAGAGUAAAAAAGAAAAGAAAUCAAAAAAGAGCAAAAAAGAAGAGAAAUCAAAGGACAAGAAAGAAAAGAAAAAGUCCAAAGAGAAGCGAUAA